UAGCUCAUUAUACUAUUAUAUAUAUUCUUCACCUCCCUAAGAGAGAAAUUUAAAAUUUUCUUAGUCUUAGUUUUGAUAUUCUUUAAUAUACAAAAUGAGUUUCUUCAAUACAUCACGACCAAUUUCCACCAUGAAUGAAGAUUUGGAGAACAAUGAAGAGACAUUACAACAAAACAUGUCAUCAAGUUCAUUGGUGAGAAAGAAAUCAGAUAUGGUUUUGGUCACAAAUAUUAAUGUUCGGUUCCAAAUAGUUAGAAGUUUCAUGAGUAAUAUGAAAGUGGUCAUCUUUGGCACUAAGCUUGUUGUGCUUUUUCCGGCUGUCCCUUUAGCGGUUGCUGCUGAUUUUUAUAACAUUGGAAGGCCUUGGAUUUUUACAUUGAGUCUGCUUGGACUUGCUCCCCUAGCUGAACGUGUUAGCUUCCUCACUGAGCAAAUUGCAUAUUUUACCGGCCCAACAGUUGGAGGACUUUUAAAUGCAACUUGUGGUAAUGCAACCGAGAUGAUCAUAGCAAUAUUAGCACUUCAUCAGAACAAAAUACAUGUUGUGAAGUUGUCCUUGCUGGGUUCCAUUCUCUCAAACCUUCUUUUGGUUCUAGGCAGCUCACUCCUUUGUGGUGGCUUAGCAAAUCUUAAGAGGGAGCAAAGAUAUGACAGAAAACAAGCAGAUAUAAAUUCAUUGCUUUUGUUGCUUGGUUUGCUGUGCCAUUUGCUGCCAUUAAUGUUCAAAUAUGCCUUGGCUGGUGGAAAUCAUUCUAUUGCCAAUGCUACUCUUCAAUUGUCAAGAGCAAGCAGCAUUGUUAUGCUUCUAGCAUAUGUUUCAUAUAUCUUCUUCCAAUUGAAAACUCAUCGAAAAUUAUUUGAGGCACAAGAGAAAGAAGAAGAAGAUGAUGAAGAUGAAGAGAAAGCAGUGAUAGGAUUUUGGAGUGCAUUUACUUGGUUGGUGGGUAUGACACUUGUCAUAUCUGUGCUUUCUGAAUAUGUUGUGGGAACCAUUGAGGCUGCUUCAGAUUCUUGGGGAAUUUCUGUUAGCUUCAUUAGCAUAAUUUUGCUACCAAUUGUUGGGAACGCUGCUGAACAUGCUGGUUCGAUCAUAUUUGCUUUCAAGAACAAGUUGGACAUAUCCUUAGGUGUUGCUAUGGGAUCUGCAACUCAAAUUUCUAUGUUUGUGGUUCCAUUAAGUGUGGUUGUUGCAUGGAUAAUGGGUAUAAGAAUGGAUCUGGACUUCAAUCUUCUUGAAACUGGAUGUCUUGCUUUUGCAGUCAUUGUUACAGCCUUCACUUUACAGGAUGGAACAUCACACUAUAUGAAAGGAGUAGUUCUUUGUCUAUGUUACAUUGUCAUUUCUGCAUGUUUUUUCGUUCUCAAAGCUCCACAAAUCAACCAAUAUGGUAUGGUCAAUUUAGGAGCUAAACCAUCCUUUGAUGCCAUCGCCAUUUGAAUGAUUUUGUUUCUGUGUGAUGAGAAUCAGAAAAACAAUCUGACCCUACGGAUGACUGAAAUUCUUCCCUCAACAUACGAAGUUGGAUUCUAUAGGUGGAACUUGUGUGCCUUUGAAACUGAGGUUGUGAGAUCAAACAUAAGUUCCAAGUUAGAUAUUUCAAAGCUUGUAUUCUUUCUUGGUGAUAAUAAGGCUUAACAAUGACAUUUUGGUUAUGGCGCAAAUAUAUGUGACUUUCCUUUAUUUACUUCUCCACUCUAUAGGUAUAAUUCAUGUAUAUCCACUUUCAUGUACAAGUGUUUAACAAUAUAUGUAUUCUCUAUUGUGUCGGAUUUAAAAUAAUAUAAAAGACUAAGAAUUAUGGAAGAAA